GAUGACCCAACUGCCUCCCACCGCCUCCCAAUUUUGUAAAAACCUCCUUUAGUAAUUUUCAUGAAAAUUAAACACAUAGGGAGCGCUGAAACCCGAUUAUGGUUAUUAUGGCUAUUAUGGUUGGAGUAUUGUUAUUAUGGUUAAUAUGGCUUUUUACUAAAAAGUUUUUAGUACCAACCAACAUUCAUAACUAUCAAACUGCGGCGAAGCUUCUUGAAAACUGGUUUUGAGCAACAUUAAUGAACAAAGAGCAAAGAGUCUCUUCAAAGGCAACAAGUGAUCUACUUUUGGGUCAUCCAUUUUUUGUGCUUAGAUGAGGAUCUCAAUGUUCAUCUAAUGAAUUAAUUAUUUAUAAAUUAUACCAAAGACAUAAAAUUUUUAUCUUAAAAUGAAUGAAAACAAUAAUAAUAAUUCUGAUAAAAUUACAAUAAAAGUGAGACACUCGGAUGAGGAUUAUCAUGAUAUUACAAUUGAUUGGUCAAAUGAAAGUUUUGAUUACAGGAAACAAGUAAUGCAUCAGUUAUCAGCAUUCACAGGCAUACCAGUCAAAUAUCAAGCGUAUGUUGCAGUAGGUGAUGCAGGAACAGAUGUCGAUUUGGGCAACCCUGAAUUCGGUGAUGAAGAAGGACUGGGUUUCAUGCUUCCGGAUGAAAAAGAGGAUGCAAUGGAGUAUAUUCAGGAUGGCGCUUGUUAUUUUUUCAAAACAAAUAUAUUCAUCGACCAAAAAUACGCUCCUACUGAUCCUAGUAUUAUCUGUGCCUACAUGCUGACUCAUCGUGAUCUGGUCAAUGAAAAUGGUUGCAACUUCUAUUAUUGUCAGCACAGGGGUAGUCGUUUCUUCACGCAGAAAUUUUCAAAGCUCAUUAAAUCCGAGCACUUGCAGACACUUCUGGAUGCAAGAGUUGAAGGACAAACACAGGAAACUUUAACAAGAAUUAAAUUAAAUCUGAAUAUUGAACACCUUACUCGCCUAGACUGCCUUCGAUUUUACGAAUCUCAUGGACCAAUUAAAUAUCCGUUCCCUGAUUACUAUUUGCGUUACCGAGGUUAAUAAAGAUAUACACCUGGUAAAACUUAGUAUCUAGAUUAUUUUCGGUUACGUGAUUAUUACUUGCGUUAUCGAAGUUGAUUAAGAAUGCUUUUUCAUUAUCAAUCAAAUAAACUGACUUAUAUCAACUUUUU